AUGUAUGGGAAGUGUGGGAGCAUGGCCGAUUCUCGCAGAGUUUUCGACCGUGUGAAGCAUCGCGACGUUGUUAUCUGGAACGCAGUGAUCUCGGGAUACGCACAGAACGACGAAAGUGAGGCUGCUCUAGAGCUGUUUGAGGCUCUCUUGUGCGAAGGUGUUUCUCCAACCAGCUUGACAGUCGUCGCGGCUUUCAAGGCUUGUGGCAGUCUCGCAGCUAAGAACAAGGAAAGCGAUCGAAUGAGAGCAUUGGAAAUCACCAUGGCUGUUCAUCGUGAAGCUGUGACGAAGCUGGAAGCCUCCGAGUGGGACGCUUACAUGACGAGCAGCUUGAUCGAUGCGUACGCCAAGUGUGGGAGUCUGGCGGAUUCCAGCAAAGUUUUCUCGAGCGAUACCGGCCAGCUUCGCAACGUGGUCUCGUGGAACGUCUUGAUCCUGGGCUUCGCGGAGAACGCCGAUGCUAGACGGGCUUUGAGGCUGUUCCACAGGAUGAGACGCGAAGGCUGCCGACGAAACGCAUCAACGUACGUCGCGGUACUGAAAGCUUGCAGCAACAGUAUUCCUUCGAGUCUAGGCUUUGGGAGCGAAGUCAAGGCUCUGAUCUACCGUGGAGGCUUUGAGGAAGAUGGAGAUUUGGCUGGAUCCCUGGUUGACUUUCACGGCAAAGCGGGAGACAUGGUUUCCGCUCGCCAGGUAUUUGACUCGCUACCGGGAGAUGGUGACGAGGCCUUGAGUGCGCUGAUCACCGGAUACGGCAGGCAAGGGGACGCAAGCCAAGCGCUGAUGCUGUUUCACGAGAUGGUAAACUCUGGCAUCAAACCGAAUGGUAUCACAGCUCUCGCAGUUCUAACCAGCUGCAGGGAAGAAGUUCUUCCACGAAAUGCCAUCCAGAUACGGCAUCGUCCCCGAAGUGGAACACUUCCACUGCGUUGUCGAUCUUCUCAGCAGAGCUAA